AUGCCUAACGAACUUAGUCACCCUUAUCAUAUUACACAAGUUACCGUUCAGUCCGACUGGGUAGAAGUUGUGUCUGAUGUUGCGCGAGGGGCUGUGGGGUCAGAGUCAUUCUGGGUGUCUUGUUAUAAUAAAGGUGCUGCCUCUGUUCAUGGGUCAGUGAAGGUGCUCAAUGUUUCUGACGACCCGUCGAGUGUAGAGUUUAUUGGAAAAGAUGGAGUGGACGUUGAAAAGAUUGAUAAUAUAACCGCAAUGGAUAUUUCACCUGGUGGCCGAUUAUUUGUGACUGGUGACAAUAAGGGAAUGCUUAAAGUUGGUGAUACGAGUGAUGGUAGUGUGAGGCGAGAAUUAAUAGGCCAUGUAUUAGAUAUUUCCACAUGUCGCUUUUUUCCAUCGGGACAAGUGAUUCUAAGCGGAUCCGGUGAUUUCCAAUUACGAAUCUGGUCCGCAUUGGAUGGUAGUAACCCUGUCACGCUAAAAGGUCAUACAAAAGGUGUCACUGAUACUGCUAUCAUAGAUCGUGGUAGAAACAUUUUGUCUGCUUCGAGAGAUGGAACAAUAAAGUUAUGGGAUUGUGGUUCCUCGAGCAUCCUAAGCACAGUGGGUCACUACGAAUCUAGCAUUAACAAAAUAUCGCUAGGAACAUUCACACCCGAUCUGCCGUACUCCCGUAAUACAGACUACCAGCUUGAUGCACGUGAGGUCGCGACGCAGGAUAAGGUAGCUGUUGGCGCGUUGUGUAAUGGAACGGUGAUUGGGAUUGAUUUACGAAGUAAGAAAGAGAUUUUCUCGACUAGUUCCUAUCGAAACGUAUCUUUACAUUCUUGUACUUACUCGCCCAAUCGUAAUUUAAUCGUUGCUGGAUCUUCAGAGGGUGUCAUUGAAUUUUUUGAUAUUCGAGAUCUAAGAAAGAAUCUAUUCAUAUUUCAACGAAAUGAAGCAGCAAUAAACGAUUUACUAUUUAUUGAAGGGAGUUCAGAUAUAUUGGUUGCACAAGGAGAUGGAUCUGCGUAUCGAAUAUCUACCACAUUUGGAAUAUCUAUUACACAGGCAGCACACGAGUACAUUGGAUUUGAUAUUGAUCCAGUUUACUCGAUUCGUGCCAUAGAUAAUGGACGAAAGGUUUAUGCCGCGGGACGAGAUGGAUGUCUGCGAAAGUAUUAA